AUGACGUUAUGUACGUUAACCACUUUGUAAGAUAUUUGAAUUAUCUUAUUAUCGGGCAAUUUUUAUUGUCAAUAUUAUUUUUCUGUCCCUUACGACAUUAACAAGUGCUAGCAAGAGAUAGACAAGUUAUAGAAAACAUAGACAAUUGGUAUGAUAAUUUAAACAUUUAAACAUCUUACACAUACAUAUAUCAUAAAGUACGUCGUAAUGCCGAUGUCUUCUCAGGACGAUAGACGCAUGUUAGAAGUCCUGCAAAAAACUCACGACGAACUGCAGCGUUAUUAUAUUUUGUUACGGCUGAUUAGAGGUGAUCUGGAGAAGAUAGCAAAUAAUUUCUCUGCUAUAAACAGUGGAGAGAAUGCAAGAAUCAAUUUGAAAAAAGAUACAUAGAGUACAAAUCUACAAAAUUAUAGAUUUUUUAUAACAACAUGGAGGCUCGUAAAUCUAUAGUGAACAAGAGGCUGGAGUCUGUGCUGCACCAACAUUCACCAACUUCUUCAUCGCCAUUGCGAAGAAAGUCUGUUUCUUUCCAAAAUCCACCCUCAACUGCUCUCUCAGUAAAUGAUGAUGAAGCGGAACGUCUUGCUCGUCGACGUGAAAUUUUUACAUCAACACCAUUAUCUACCACAUCUAAUACAUCCACCAAUAAAAGACAUUCUCUUGGUUUGGGAUUCUUAGCCAAUAUCCCGGCACCUCAGAUGGCCGAGAGCAUAUCUCAAUGCAUAAAAUUGAACGCUGAGAACAAGAUUAACAUUAAGAAUGCGUUUAGUUUAGAGAUGAUCGAUUUUAUGACAUAUAUGAUAAAGAAGCAAGACGCCAAUAUGUCAAAUCUACAAGUGGCUAGCACAUCUCUGGAUGUGAGCACCAAAAUUUACGGAUUUCGUGUAGAUAGCGUGCAUACCGAGAUACUUAAAAUAGUGGGCGGAUUAGAUAAACAAGCGGUCGACAAUAUGGAACAAAAUGCAGGGGAGCAUAGAGAAGACGUGGAAGAUGCGGAAGUGAACAUGGUACAAAAAAAGAAGAGAAAGAAAGCCAAGCAGAAAAUUUUUAGCACUGUAGAGUCUUUACGAGGCAAUAUCGAAAUUCAAAAACCAAUGUCGAUGAUGAUAGGAGAGGGAGAUUUGCAAACCAGCGACAUGCUGUAUCAAGCGACGCUACCACAUCAUGCAAAUUCCGGUUUUUAUUUGCAUCUAUAUAACGAUGUGCUUGUUGAUAUUGCAGAGAAUAAAUCUAACUCACAAAAUAAUUCAGAUGUAAAAUAUAGUAUCCCGAUAAUUGACGACUUCUCGAAUCUUGAGAUCUGCGCAUCAUAUUCGAACUUCGAAUUUCUCGGCUGGUCUGUGGAAGAUGAGCCGGAAGAAGAUUCGGCUGAGGAAACUGAACAUAAUGAUGAUAAUAACCGAUUUCAUUUUGAUCUAGAAGCGAGCAUAGAACCCGAAGACGAUAACAAUCCAGUGCCUGAACCAAUGAAUUACUUUGAUUUUCAGCAAGAUGACAAUAAUGUUCAAGGAUGUUACCAAGAGGCAGCGAAUCGACGUAACGAGAAUAUUUUGGAUACUCGCAACGUUCAAAUAUUAACGACAAAUGCAUCCGAAUAUUCUUUUCUUCAGCCGCAUAUGAAUUUGCAUUGGGCCGGGCCGUCUCAUUGGAAAUUUCGAAAUUUUGUAAAACCUUCCAGUGACAUCGCCGUCAGCACCAAAGUGGUGGGAGCUUGUAUGCAAGCUCCAUUGCGCAAGAAAAGACAGAUCGAAUUGUCAUAUAAUGAAAAUUCUGACGUGAUUGAUGCAAAGUUCGCGUUGAGUCAAUCCAAUAAAUUAGGAGCCAAGACCGCGAAAACAGAAUGGAACACUGAGGAUCUAAUGUUACCGGAAGAUGUGCAUUACGAUAUUGCGCAAAUGACGAAACUGUACCUAAAUUCAAGACUGAUUUUAAAACCGCCAAGCAAUGGAAAAGAGAAUGAUAAUAAUGCGGUAGCCACCAUGGAUGUGUCAGACAACGAGAAAUACGAUUAUAACAAUCCAAACGACACGUUAGAAUAUUGUCCCGAUACGAAUAACGGUGAUGAUUAUGAAGAAGGAGGUAGGGAUGAUUGUAACUUUGAAGAUGAUGCGUUAGCUGGCCAAAACUUUAUCGGUGACAAUCUAGUCGCCGCGCCAAAGCUAGCUAAUAAAAUACCCAUUACAUAUUGUCUCAAGGCGAAAAAGAUCGAUAUGCGACAAUUGAAAAAAUCUAUAUGGAAACUGUGUACGAAUGAUCAUGUUGAUUUAAUAAAUAUUAACGAGGUAGAGAAUACCGAAAUAAGUGUGAUGAAAGAGAGUAAACAAUUUAGCGAUAUUUACAAGAUGUUACCAAAAUUAUUAACGAAAACCAAUAUCGAAGCAUUGAGCGUGCCGAUUUCUUUUAUAUCCCUGUUACAUCUUGCAAAUGAAAAAACGUUAAAAAUUGAUUCUUUACCGGACAUGUCUGAUAUUAUUGUCGGAGCGGAUUAAAAAAACCAUUGCUAUGAUUUUUGUACAUAUCAAUGAAAAAUACUUAAUAGGCAAUUUUUUAUGAAGAAUAUAAACUGUACAAUAUAUAUCAUAUAUUUGCUUUAAUUAUAUACAUCGACAUAUAUUCACAUAAGCGUAAUUCACGAACAAACUCUACAUGUGUUUUUUUUUGUUAAA